AUGAGUGCGCAACGCCCCGGCAGAACAUCGCCGGGCGCGAAUUCAUCCACCACUGAUGAAGACGAAGACGAGGAGGAGUCAACAUCUACUGCAACCACCAUCAGGCGGCCGCCGCAGCCCACACGGGCAAGCGGGAGCGGAGAGAUCGCAGGGGGCUCAUAUUUCUAUGCAGCCCCCGCGGAUUAUACCCCCCCGCCACGCCAGCCGAAAGCGCAACGACGCCACACCCCGCCGGAGACGGAGGCGUCUCUCACGGAGAAGCGGACGAAGGUGGGCCCCGCUACCUCAUCACCAGAGCAGGGGUCACACUCUCAGAACCGUGAAUCACAGGUGAGUCAACCUGGGGCGAGGGCUUAUUCCCAACCCCCCAGGUCACCAUCCAUCAACACCACUCCGGCCACUACCCCCAGCAUGUCCCCGGAUAGGAGGUCCAAUAGGGACCUCGAUAUGGAGGAGCUUGUGGGGUGGGGGGGGGGGGGAGUCGGCCUGGACGGACCCGACCUCUUACGCGACUUUCGCGAACGAAGGCAUCAACAGAGGUGCCAACGUAACACCAAACGUCAUAGAGCCGCAGCCGUCAACAUCCUACGCUGCGGCCGCGAU